AUGCACCUUUCCGGACCUAGUCGCAGCCCCUGGAGGGAACUGGUCCUUGUGGCCAGUCUGCUGGCCUGUGGGAUCUGCCAGGCCUCCGGCCAAAUCUCCAUCAUCUCAUCCCCAACGAUUGAGGGGUUUGAGGCCUGGCUGGAACUGCAGAAUGUCCCCGAGGGUGUGCAAGAAUACAGCUGGCACCGGGGCACAAAUGACAGUGCGGACUCGAUGAUUGUCAGCUACCGACCUCCCUCCCGGGCCUGGCAGCCUGGGCCCAUGCACAGCAGCCGGAAGAACGUGACCGAGAAAGGCCACCUGGUGAUCAAGGACUCCCUGUUAAACGACACGGGGAGCUACACCGUGCGGGUGGACCUCGGCAACGAGACCCAGAGAGCGACCGGCUGGCUGGAGGUCCAUGAGUGGGAAAACGACCCCGGCAUCUCGGCCAACACCACUUCCGUGGUGGAGUACGGGGAUCCCGUGGCCGCCUUCUGCCACACCAAUGUCACCAACGCCACCAGGAUCCAGUGGUACGUGAAUUACGUAGAGGUGUCCAGCAACGAGCGGGUGACGAUUUCGCCAGACCGCAAGACCCUCAUCCUCCGCCAGCCCAGCCGCUUUGACUUCAGCAUUGGGUGUUCCCUAACGAACGUCUUAGGAAUUCCUCAGAGAAGUUACAUCGUGCUGAAGGUGGCCUAUGGACCCGACAGCGUGCUGCUGAAGACUAAGCCCUCCAAGUUCAACAGCAUCCUACCCGCUGAGGUCGGCUCCGCGGUGCAGCUGGACUGCACCUCCAGCUCCUCGCCCAGGCCCACGUACCGCUGGAUCCACAACGGCUCCUUCCUGAGCUCGGAGGCGAGCCUCAGCUUCCCGAGUCUGACCUGGGAGCAGAUGGGCAUGUACAGGUGCAUCGUGGAGAACCCGGUGGUCCAGCUGAGGUUUUACAGGGACAUCCGGAUCCAGAGGCCCCCAGGACAAGCCGGGGUCUAUAAGUGUCCACCUCAGACCUGGAGAACAAGACCAGAUGAGCAAGGAGCAAAUGUGCUUCUAAGGUCCCCACUUUUUUGA